AUGGAAAAAUCUUCUGGUGCAUUCGAUGAUGAUGAACAAGUUCCAAAAAUUUCAAAUAAUUCCAACAAUCGUUCCUGGUGGCUGGUGUUUGCAAUUGUGGUUCUUCUAACAUGUUGUACGAGAUAUUAUAAAGUCACGGAACCGGAUCAUGUUUGCUGGGAUGAGACUCAUUUCGGAAAAAUGGGCAGUUGGUAUAUAAAUCGCACCUUCUUCUUUGACGUCCAUCCACCGCUGGGAAAAAUGCUAAUCGCCCUGUCAGGCUACUUAACGGGCUACGAUGGAACAUUCCCCUUCGAAAAACCGGGUGAUAAAUACAAUGGCACCCACUAUGAAGGAAUGCGUUAUUUUUGCACCACCCUUGGUGCCCUAAUUAUACCAAUGGCAUAUGACACGGUCCACGACUUGACACGAUCCCUCGAAGCGGCAACAUUAUCCGCAUUUUACAUUUUAUUCGAUGUUGGUAUGCUGACCCUGAACCAAUAUAUUCUAUUGGAUCCAAUUCUUUUGUUUUUUAUGAUGGCCUCCGUCUGGGGUAUGGUGAAGAUUUCCAAAGUUACCGCUGCCGGUCAGUCAUACACCUUUAAGUGGUGGAGUUAUUUGUUUUUCACCGGCACAGUGUUGGCCUGUACCAUCAGUGUAAAAUUUGUUGGUCUCUUUGUUGUGUUGCUGGUUGGUCUUCAUACAAUUACGGAACUUUGGUGCAUCCUCGGAGAUUUAAAUAAGCCCAUCAGGGAAACCCUUAAACAGUUGGGGUGUCGGGCAAUGGGUCUGAUCGUAUGGCCUAUUGCUUUGUACUUAACAUUCUUCUAUAUACAUUUGCAGUUGUUAAACCACAGUGGAAAUGGUGAUGGGUUUUACAGUUCGGCAUUUCAAUCUCGUCUUAUUGGCAAUUCACUGUACAAUGCCAGUAUGCCACGUGAUGUGGCGUUCGGUAGUGUGGUCUCGAUUAAGAACCACAAAACUGGAGGUGGCUAUUUACACUCCCAUUUACAUUUAUAUCCCAAAGGAGUGGGUUCCCAGCAACAACAGAUCACAUCGUAUACUCACAAAGAUGAAAACAAUGCCUGGCUCAUUAAGCCUCACGACAGGGAGUCGACCGAUAAUUUGGUUUUGCUGAAAAAUGGAGAUCUAUUACGUCUGGAACACGUACAGACCCGACGAAAUCUUCAUUCCCACGCUGAACCUGCACCCAUUACGAAAUCACAAAUGCAGGUUACUGGCUAUGGGGAGAAAGGUAUGGGCGACAUAAAUGACAUUUGGAAAAUCAUAAUUAUCGGAGGUAAACCAAAUGAGGUCGUCAAUACCGUUACAACACAAUUUAUACUGGUACACUAUCUGCAAGGAUGUGCCUUAAGUUCGUCGGGAAAACAAUUGCCCAAGUGGGGAUUUGAACAGCAGGAAAUAACAUGCAAUUUGAAUAUUCGCGAUUCGCAUGCCAAAUGGAAUAUUGAAGACAAUAAGCAUAGCGAACUGACUUCGGAAAGUGUGAGCGUGUAUGCACCCGGUUUUAUAUCAAAUUUCUUAGAAUCACAUGCUGUAAUGUUCCAAGGUAAUGCCGGCCUUAAACCGAAGGAAGGGGAAUCAACAAGUCGACCCUGGCAAUGGCCCAUCAAUUUCAGGGGACAAUAUUUUUCCGGCAGUGAUUAUCGCAUAUAUUUGUUGGGCAAUCCCAUCAUUUGGUGGAGCAAUCUGGUGUUUUUGAACUUGUUUGUAAUCGUAUUCGUAACCAAGAAGAUAAAAAAACGACGUCAGGAGGGUAAACUAAAGUUGCUGCUGCUGCAGAGUGCAACGAAGCAACAAAAUAUCGCAGAACAAAAAGAUGACACGCAGGAUCGUACCCUAAUGUCGGCGGCAGUUUGGUUAUACAUUGGUUGGGCUAUCCAUUAUUAUCCCUUUUGGAUAAUGGGUCGGGUACUGUAUUUCCAUCAUUACUUCCCGGCACUUGUCUUCAAUUCAAUGCUAACUGGGGUAAUGUUUAAUUAUCUCAUUAGGCGUUUGCCACAAAAGAUACGUGGCGCGCUGCUUUUUAUCGUUCUAUCUAUUGCGGCAUAUAGUUUUAAAUUGUUUUCACCACUUGCCUACGGAAUGACCGGACCACUGGCAUCAAAUUCGAAUUCCUCAAUGCACAGCUUGAGAUGGUUAUCAACAUGGGAAUUUUAA